CCUAUUAUUUUUACAUUUUUUUAAUAAUUAAUCCAUCGGUUAGGCCCUGCAGACGACGCACCUCUUUGAAUCACCACGGCACCACCUCAUUGCUGUCGUUCGCGAUUCCUGUUCUCCAACUCCUCUCCAUCGCUUCUUCUCAGAAGAUCGGUGUCUUUUAGAGUUUCACGAUCAUCACUGAAUCCCGAUUAAAUUGAGAAGAUCGUUUGAUUCCAAAUUUAAGGUCAAGACGCUACACUAAAAGAAGGGAACAAACCAGUUGCCUAGUGGCCCAAUUCCUGUGUUCCUGAUCUCAAUCAUGGCAGCAGUAGCACCAACAGUUUCUCAGCUAUCGUGCUUCUCUUCAAUCAACCGUAAUCUGCGACUCCAUCUUCGAUUCUCUCCUCUCUCUACUCGCUCCAAGUUAUUGAUUGUUAUGAAUCUUGAAGGAGCUCGAGAUACAGAUAGUUCCAGUUCAAAGGUCAAAACUAGGCUUAGUUAUGCAGCUGACGAAUCAAAACCAUACGUGGAAGGGCCUGCAAAGCCUUAUGUAGAAGAAAAAGGAAUUACUGAUUCAGUCAAGGUAUAUGGCACAGCAAAAAUCCAUGACUUCUGUUUUGGGAUUCCUUAUGGUGGUCUUGUUCUAAGUGGGGGCCUUCUAGGUUUUGUAUUGUCUAGAAAUCCUACGAUCCUGAGCACAGGUGUUUUAUUUGGAGGUGCUUUGCUAGCCCUUAGCAUCUUUAGCUUGAAGAUAUGGAGGCAAGGAAAAUCUAGUAUGCCAUUUGUGCUAGGACAAGCUGUACUCUCAGCAGCCCUUUUGUGGAAGAACUUUCAGGCAUAUUUAUUGACAAAGAAACUAAUUCCAACAGGGUUUUAUGUUGUUAUCAGUGCUGCAAUGCUAUGCUUCUAUUCAUAUGUGAUGAUCUCUGGAGGAAACCCACCACCGAAAAAGUUGCAUUCUUCAACUGUUAUGUCAUGAUGAGAAUUCAGAAAGGUCAGAUUAUAAAUUUAAUGAUGGAACUUUUUGUGAUUAUAGGAGAAUGAGUUGCAUUCUUCAACUGUUAUGUCAUGAUGAGAAUUCAGAAGGGUCAGAUUAUAAAUGAUGUAAUUUUUUGUGAUUAUAGGAGAAUGAGGCUGCACUGUUUACUUA